AUGUCUCGUACUCAGACGAAGAAUAACGUCUCUGCACGGAAUAAUAACGCUCAAAAUGCCACAACUUCAACCGUCCUCCUGACUCCUCAAAAACGUAAACGUCUCAGCCCUGAAUCGAGCCUUACAUCAUGCACGGAACGUUCGCCGUCAUCCAAAAAGGCUCAGGCGAAGCAUGAUAUUAUCCUUGAGUGUCGACGCAAGACGUCACAUUCGUUGACGGAACUAUAUAAAUGGACAUUUACGCAAGCUGCGGUAGCCCCUGUACGCGUGAAGCAUGUGUUCGAGAUGGAUCAUGAGGGGAACGACAACGAGGAGUUCUAUUGGAUGGGCCGCGUGCCUUGUCGAACUGUGAAGAUUGUGGGUAUGGUUGUAGGGGUUGAUGAAUUUGAUGAUAUGUUACGAUUUAAGGUGGAUGAUGGUACAUCUGUCAUCGAUUGCGACUUGAAGCAACCGAAACCAGCGAAACCACCGUCAACGCCGGAAUCCCGGCUAACUGUUGGCGCUAUUGUUACUGUUCAAGGACGUAUAUUCCAUGGACGAGGCUCGAGGUAUUUGCGGCUAGAGCCUGCUAUUUGUAAGUCUGCGAACGACGAACCUCGACACUGGUUGGAAGUCCUUAAACUAUGCCACGAACAUUAUUACCUUCCCGAUCCUUUUGUCAUACCGAAGUUAGAACCACAACUUGACGCUAAUCCUGUUGCCUCCUCAUCGAAGGAUCCCGUGGCCCAGUCUUCUCCUGCGUCGGUAUCCUCGCCCGUAGGGACUGAAUCCAGUCGAUCGUCUACUUCGUCUCCUCAACGGCCCCGUUUGCGGCAUCCUUCGCGACUACGCUCACGAGACCUUACAGAUGUUACGUUCCGUAUCUAUGUUAAGCAUUAUAUGGACUUUGCACCCCCUUGCCGCCCUUCGCGAGUGUCGUCCUCCGACGAGGACGAAGACGAUCCGAUUCAUUUCAAUGACCCGUGCGCGACACCAACUCCGAAGAGUCGACACCGGCGUUGUCAUUCUCCACUUUUAACUCCCAAACCCAGAAAAAUCCUUCAGACAACUAAUCAGGCGGAAGAUGAAGAAACUCAAUAUGGUUUCACGCUAGGCUACCUCCGCCGUGUUCCUGUUCUGGCUGAGAUGGCAUUGGCAGUUGUGUGGGCUGAAGGAAAACGUCGUGAGAGAGAGAAGAGGAAACGCGAGAAGGAGAAAGGCCUGGAUUGCCGGCAAACGCAAGCAAGUAAUUCGUCUAAUACUUCAUCUCGGUUCAAGUCGAAUGGUGCCUCGGAUCCGGAGCAAGUUGCGAGAAACAUGAAACGAUUAUUUCAGAAGACGAUACGAGAACUUCACAAGGCUGGGAAUAUUGUUAUUUGGAAUGGACCCGCUCGGCCUAUUGAGCAUGCAUCUGACGCAGAUGGAGAUGAUUCUGGAUUAUGGAAAAAUAGUAAUGGGUCUAUGCCUCUACCAUCCACCGCGAGCACCGUAAGCAGCGUCACAUCUAGCGGCCCUAGUCAAGAAGAGCAGUUUGCUGGAUACCUAUCAGAUCCUGAUGACCAGGAAGAAUCUUAUCUACCCAUCACACCGCGAACACUAUCGCCUAUCGUCAUGCGUGCACUACGUACCCUCACUGGAAUCGACAAAACCGCUCGCACAUCGUCGCGUAAACAAAGACCACCAACUGCAGACGAGUUGGCCUCGUAUUUGCAAAGGUCGGAUGCGCAGUGGACGAAUCUUGGUAGUUGGGACGUGCAAGAUGCUUUGGAGAGGCUACUGAAUGAGGAUCGUGUAUUCAAGGCGGGAGGAGGUCGAUGGGCUGUUUGCAGCUGA